GGGACCCAGGCCGUAGCACGCCGCCCGCCCGCCGGCCGCUUCCGCUCUCGGCGCAGGCGCGGCAGGUCUGCCUGUGAGUGGAGGGGGUUCGGGAGAAGAGCGGACGCUGCUGGUGAGGAUGGUGCUGGAGAGCGUCGCCCGCAUCGUGAAGGUACAGCUUCCCGCGUAUCUUAAGCGGCUUCCAGUCCCCGAGAGCAUUACCGGGUUCGCCCGGCUCACAGUUUCAGAAUGGCUUCGGUUAUUGCCUUUUCUUGGUGUCCUUGCACUACUUGGCUACCUUGCAGUUCGUCCAUUCCUCCCAAAGAAAAAACAACAAAAGGAUAGCUUGAUUAAUCUUAAAAUACAAAAGGAAAAUCCCAAAGUGGUAAAUGAAAUAAACAUUGAAGAUUUGUGUCUUACUAAAGCAGCUUAUUGUAGGUGUUGGCGUUCUAAGACGUUCCCUGUUUGUGAUGGUUCACAUAAUAAACACAAUGAAUUGACAGGAGACAAUGUGGGCCCACUAAUACUGAAGAAGAAAGAAGUAUAAUAGUCUAUAAUAAUAUAAGACUAGUGAAUUAGGAGUGGAUCAGCUGUGUGCUGUAAAAUCCUAUAACAAUAUUUUCUCAUUCUUUGUGUAUAGAAAAUCUUUGAAAUGGUGGUCUUAAUUAUUACUACUGAUUGAAUAAUUAUUUCUGCCAAUUUAUUUUCUUGCUACACUACUGUUUAUAUUUGGUACUUUGUAUAAUAGUCAUUUAUAUAGAAAUUGUGAAAGUCUCUCAUUAUGACUUCGAAGAAUUAGUGUAUCUUCCAAUAAUAAAAUCAACACUUCUCAACA